AUGAAUCCUACUAAUGGCUAUGUUGUGGACGACAAUUGUGUGUUUGGUGCUGAAGUUUUAGUCAUCAAAAGUGAACGUGUUAACGAAUGUCUGAGGCUGGUAAAAGACGCGGCUCCUACUAAGCACGAAUGGAAGAUUCCUAACUUUUCGAAGCUAGGGGAUGUUUGGGAAUCGGAAGACUUCGAUGUUGGAAAUUACAAAUGGUAUCUUUUGGAUGUUAUAACUAUUAUGAUCACUUGUGAGGAAUGGGGAUAUAGUAAGUUUAUGUCGACGGCUGAUAUGAGCGCCAAAGGCUUCCUUGUCGAUGACUGCUGUUUUGUGGAGAUUGAAAUCACGUUUCAAGCUACUGUGCGUGAAGAGUUUGAAUUCUAG